AUGAAUUAAAACAUAAUUUAAAAUAACGAACAACUUGACGAAUAGCCCGUAUAAGAAAAUCCUUCAUAUGCAGAUAUGGUAUAUUAAAUAAAACCUCAUAAUAAUGAAAAAAAGCAUGGUUGUUUAUAUUUAGGUGGUAUAAAAGCAGCAUGUGACUUAGCUUUUUUGAAAGAAAAUAAUAUAAAAGCAGUUUUAACAGUAUAAGAUUGUGACGAAUUAUAGUAUGAGUAAAAUACAUAAAUAAAUCAUCAUAAAAUAUGCGCAAGUGAUUGUUCUACUUAUGAUAUAAAAAAGGACUUUUACGAAUCAUAUGAAUUUAUUAAUGAAAAUUUGGAAAAAACUAAUGUAUUGGUUCAUUGCUUCAAAGGAGUUUCAAGAAGUCCUACUAUUUGUAUAGCUUAUUUAAUGAAAAAAGAAAAUAUUAGAUGCUCAGAAGCUUAUUAGGAAAUAAAAAAACAUAGAAAAGAAGUUAAUCCUAAUGGAGGUUUUAUGUUUCAUUUAGAAAAAUUUUAUUAAGAAAUAAGAUAGAUUAAACUAUUAAAUUAUCUUCUUUUAUGUAUUUAAAAAAUGUAAUAAAAAGAUAUUGGAAAAAACCAAUAGAAUAAAAAAAAAUAAUAAAUAAUAUUUGUUAUUGGCCAAAACAUCAUGUUCGCUUGA